AUGAAUUUUUUGGGUCUAAACAAUAAGAAUAAAACUUUUAAGCCAAAAAAAAAUGUACCCGAAGGCACAAAACAAUAUGAUCUUCAAAAGUACGCAGAAGCAACACUUUGUUCUGGGAAUUUGAAACUUGCAGUAGUAUUACCAGAUGGAGAAGAUAUCAACGAAUGGUUAGCUGUCAAUAAAUAUAUAGAUAAUUUAAUGGAAUGGGUACAAAAUCAACUUAAUGAUGAAAACUUGUUUCCUAGUAAAAUAGGAGUUCCUUUUCCAAAAAAUUUUCAAUCAUCCGUCAAAGUAAUAUUCAAACGAUUAUUUCGUGUUUAUGCUCAUAUUUAUUUAUCCCAUUUCCCUGCUAUUAUAGCAUUAGGUGAAGAAGCCCAUUUAAAUACCAGCUUUAAACAUUUUAUUUAUUUUGUUCAGGAAUUUCAGUUAAUAGAAAAAAAGGAAUUACAGCCUUUAACUGAAUUAAUUGUUACUUUAACUAGUAAAGAUCAAAAUAUUUAG